AUGCUCAACGAUCCCAGAAGCUGCGAAUUCUUUAGACUUUCCUGUUUUGAAUCAAUUAACAGUCUUGAUGAUACUGGUAUUGCUCCCAUUGAUUCGACACUUCGUAUUCAUACAAUUACUGGUCCACCAUGUCACUAUAACCAAAUCCUCAACCUCAGUAAAACCGCAAGAAGAUACUAUCGUAGUUCUCAAAUCAGCAGUUAG